AUGUUGAGGAGCGCCAACAGCCCGACGCCGCUUCAGGAGGAGCAAAAUACAUCCACAAAGCUCUGCGAGCCCAAUCAGGUCGCCGGACGUGUGCAGCAGCGCCCUGUCGCCCUCCCCAUCGGCUCCCCGGUCAGGAGCAAGAGGAGGCCCGCGCCUGUGAAGCUCACCAACCAGCGGUUGGCAGUACCAGGCCUCUCGGCUCCGCUGGUGGUGCCGGACGAUUCCCAGCCCGAGUUUGGCGAUCUGGGGCUCGGGCUCGGCGCCCAUACGCUGCUGCGGCUACCUGGAUUGCCGGCGUGA